AUGUCCACAGACACAGUGAUUUGUGAACCUGGAGACAGUCAGCAUGACCAUCAACACAAGCCUCAGCACUCUGCAGCUCUUCCAGUGCUGAUGUUUCCACGCUCUUCCAAAGGGCUGAAGAGGCAGAAAAGGGACUGGGUCAUUCCCCCCAUCAACUUCCCAGAGAACGACAGAGGCCCCUUCCCCAAACAGAUGGUGCAGAUCAGAUCCAACAGGGAUAAGGAAGUGCCGGUGCAUUACAAAAUCACUGGGCCUGGGGCAGAUGAGCCCCCUGUUGAGCUGUUUAAAAUUGACCGAGACUCUGGCUGGCUCAGUGUCACACAGCCUUUGGACCGAGAGACCCAAGAUAAAUAUAAACUCUUUGCUUAUGCAGUAGUGGGUGAAGCUACUGUGCCCGAGGAGUCAAUGGAAAUUAUUAUCUUUGUCAUCGAUCAGAACGACGAGAUACCCAAAUUCACUGAAGAAACCUUUCUUGGCGAGUUAGCUGAAGGAUCCAAAGCAGGUUUAGAAUUUAUGAAGGUGACCGCUGUUGAUCUAGAUGAACCUGGUUCAGCUAAUUCUGACAUUAGAUACAAAAUUGAGAGCCAAGACCCAGAGAGUCCAAAACCAAAUAUGUUCUUUAUUAACCCUAUAACUGGAGGGAUCCAACUUAAAACAGAGGGGCUGGACAGAGAGAACUUUCCUAAAUAUACAUUGGUAAUUAGCGCUGCUGAUAUGGAGGGGGACGGCCUCUCAACCACCUGCAAAGCAAGCAUCACAGUAACCGACAGCAACGACAACGCUCCUCAGUUUGACCCAAAUUCAUACACAGUGACUGUGCCUGAGAAUGAGGUGGGUGCCCUAGUGGUGAACAUGCCAGUGACUGAUGGGGAUGAACCUCACACACUAGCCUGGUCAACUAAAUACAAGAUUAUUGAAGGAGACAAUGGAGGGUUCUUCAAUGUUACCACUGGACCCAGCAAGCUGGAGGGCAUUAUUACUACAGUCAAGGGCCUUGAUUUUGAGAAGAACGCAAAGUACACCUUGUUGGUCACCGCGGAGAAUGAUGCCCCGUUUGUCACCAAUCUGCCAACCUCCACUGCCACAGUUAUUGUGAACGUGGAGGAUGUGAAUGAUGCUCCAGUGUUUAAUCCAGUCGAGAAGGUGGUCAUUAAACCAGAGAACCUGGAAGUUGGUGCUGACAUAAUUGCAUAUACAGCAACUGACCCUGACAUGGCAAAAAAUCAGAAAGUAUGGUAUAAAUUGGGCGAUGAUCCAGCUGGAUGGCUGAACGUCAAUAGAGAGACUGGACUUAUCAAAGCGAGGAGCCCCAUGGAUAGAGAAUCUCCCUUUGUCAAAGGGGGCAGAUACCGGGCCCUCAUCCUGGCCAUUGAUGACGAUGAUGCCCCUGCUACGGGAACCGGGACUCUGCUGAUUGAGCUGGAAGAUGUAAAUGACAACGCUCCCACAAUCGAGGAGAGGGUGAUCACGAUCUGUAACCAAGAAUCUCAAACCGUGACGCUGUCCGUCACCGACCGAGACGGGCCUGGAUUCACCUCCCCUUUCCGGGUGGAACUACAGGGAACGAGCGCGAACAACUGGACCGCUCGCAUGAAUGACGCAAAGACGGGCAUAAUACUGGGACUGAGAACCUAUUUGGAAGAGAAUGACUACACUGUUAUCCUCCGCGUAUUUGACAGCCAGGGACUGUUCCAGGACAACACCAUUACUGCCACUGCAACUUGGGAAGCCUGCAUAACUAGGGGUUCUUUUUGCAUCAGACCGACUUAGAAUUACUGUCUGAGUUCAGUUUAAAUUGACAUGAAUUGGAAUCUGUGUUCAUGAUCAGUUUAAUAUCAGUGAUUAUCAAAUGUUCUCGAUCAAGAUAUUAUCUCAUGUAUUUUUGCAUUGAUAUUCUUGCUGUAUUGUGUGCUUUGGGCUAAUAAUUUUAUUCUAAGAAUUUCUAUGCUAUUUUUGACAAAUCUUUGCUAAGUUUUUUUCAAGCAUGCUUGAGCAGAUUCUUGUUUUUUGAGCAAAUGAUUGCAAAUUCAUUGUAAUAAGUCAUUAUUAUUUUUUCUAUAAUUAAUAUACUUUUCUAAAUAUUGUUACGAUUUACACUUCUUUUUUUACACAAUUUACUUUUCUUUUGCUCACAUUUUAAUUGGAGCUACAAUUGUUUGGCAAAAAUAUGAAAUCAACAAAAGACAGAUAUGGGAAAAUGUAGUAUAGUAGGAUGUGAUAGAUAUACUUUACAUAACCCUUGAGUUAAAACUAAAUACACAUUAAAGUGUUC